UCGUUUAAUCGAUCGGGGGGGGGGGUGUGUGUGGCGGGUUAGGGAGGCGAUUAAGAAGCCCAUCACCACCACCCCUGGCGCGUCGACUCAAACACACAAAAAAACACUCCUCACCCUUCCUCUACCUCAUCUCACGCUCACCUCCAGCCCAUCACCGUCUUGCUGCUGCUGCUGCUGCCGAGUGAAAUAUAAAGCAUGGCCGUUGUGCCCGAGGUGGUGUUCGUGCUGGGAGGACCCGGAGCUGGCAAAGGGACCCAGUGUGAGAAGAUCGUGGAGACCUUUGGCUACACCCACCUCUCCGCGGGGGACUUGCUGCGGGCGGAGAGGUCGCGCAAGGGGUCGGAGUUCGGCACUCUCAUCGAGAAGUGCAUACGGGACGGCAGCAUCGUGCCUGUGGAGAUCACGCUCGCCCUGCUCAAGAAAGCGAUGGAGGAGACGAUGGCGAAGGAUCCAAGCAAGAAUCUGUUCCUCAUCGACGGUUUCCCGCGCAACAAGGACAACCUGGAGGGCUGGCAGCGUCACAUGGGCGGCAAGGCCCACGUCAAGUUUGUCCUCUUCUUCGACUGCAGCAACGAGGUCUGCAUCGAUCGCUGCCUGGAGCGGGGCAAGAGCAGUGGACGGUCGGACGACAACAGAGAGAGCCUCAUCAAGCGGAUCGAGACGUACCUGACGUCCACCAAGCCCAUCAUCGACAGCUACAGCGUGGAGGGGAAGGUUCAGCGCGUCGAUGCGGCCGGCGCCGUGGCCGAGGUGUUUGCCGAAGUCAAGAAGGUGUUUGAGAAGAAGUGACUCCCCCAGUCGCACUCCGAGCGCGCCGAGUCCAAGGCAGUUGUCGAACUCGGCUUGUUUAAUUUCUUCACUUUUUCUCUCCCCCUCCCCCCCGGGGUCGUCGGCGCUUCUCGCAAAAUGGGAUACUACGAACGGUGAAUGACGGUGGUGGUGGUGGUGAUGAUGAUAAUCAUGCGAUCAAUUUUUUUAUUCAGGGAAUUGACAUUCUGAGGAAGUGCGCGUGAGUGAGUGUGCGCGUGCGUGCAUGGUGGCGUCGGGCUGUGACGGUGGCCUGAACUUGUUCGCUUGGGAACAUCGUCGCGAUCGUCAACAUCAUGAACACAUCUAUCACGGUUAGCUAGGGUACGGCGCGAAAGAAGUUCUACACACAUACGUACACGAUCAUCGUCAACGUCACCCUCAACAUCAACAACACCAACAUCCUUAACAUCGUCGACAACAUCAUCGUCGUCGCCGUCAUCGUCGACAACUGACUUCGUCAGUCGUCGUGACACCGUAGAUAGCGCAGUGCCCGGCGCUUGCGUUUCUACACCACCAUCUCUGUUUACAGAAUCGGCACUGCCCGUCACGACGACACCACGCACGUACAGCUCGGCUCAGAAACCCACCCCCCCCCACCCACCCCCACACACCUCCUUCGCUCCAAACACCGGCUAAGGAUUCCGAAAGAGAGCCGAGCUUCCGCCGCAACGGGCAUGGCCGGCGGGCAGUCGCUCGCUCGCUCGCAGCCAGCCAAUCAGCCGCCUCCUGGCGCAACCACUCGCUCGGGCGCGGCAGGCAAAGCGGUCGCGCGAUUGAUCCCGAGAAGGCGGCCUCGGUCACGCGACGGGUGGCUGGGCCACGGGGCCCGGGGCUUGGCAUCUGUAUAUUUAAGUCGCGUGCUUCAAACGUAUUUAUCAUCAUGUUCCGUUCGGCGUCAGGACUCGCAAUGCGAUGGAAAAAAAUUAUCAUCACGGAAUUAACAGAUUAGCAGUUAGCCCAGCGGGGGCCCCGGGUGACUCCGGCGGCCGGAGACGCCGAGGGCCUGGGUUCCAACCCGGGUCUCGGCCGCCCAACCACAGUGAUUGCACCACAGCGGUUCCAAGUGCAGAGAGUUGAUGGUCUCACCCGUGACUGACACAGAGACCCGUAGACUCGCACAGAUAUCCAUAGACUUGCAUAGAGACCCAUAGACUCACGUAGAGACCCGUAGACUUGCAUAG